AUGCAAAUAUUGAAUCAGCUAAUCAUGUGUUCAGUCUUUGUCUGUGCAAUGAAGACAGCUCAACUCUCUUUCACAGAUUACACGAUAGUAGCUCCGACAUUAAAAAGGACCGGCGAUUUUAAGAUUGCACCCAGGUCAGCAUCUAUCCGUUCACCUGGAUACCACUUGCCAGCGUACAUGAUGCAUCUGUACCGGAAUUCCAAGACGAAUCAGUCUCCAUCCAUGGAUUUCCUGGAGCCGAGAACGGUGAGCGACACAGUCCGGAGUGUAGUUGCCAAAAGUUUGGUUCAAAGAGGCCGCCGCUGGAUUGCCACCUUUGAUUUCUCAUCCCUGCUAGCUGAGGAGCGGCUUCAGAUGGCUGAGCUGAGGAUCAGGUUGCCCAGGGUCACGCACAUUACAGAUUCUACCGUGGAAAUCUAUCAUCAGCAUGAGUACCCCUGCCAGAGGCAAGGGGUGUGCCUGGAACAUGUCCCCAUGGGCUCGGUGUCCGGGUCUUCCCUGAUAAAUUCGUCUUACAACUGGAAGGUUUACAAUGUCACAAGCCUGCUGUUUGAUUGGCUCAAACUUGGCCUUAAGAAGAAGAAGAAGCCAGUGGCUACAAAGAGAGGCCCAUCCUUCACCGACCCAGCUCAAUUUUCCAGCCUUAAAGGUGACCAGAGUGUCAAUGAGAGAGCCUUGCUGGUUGUCUUCACCCAUCUGGGAUCUGAGGAGGGCUCUCAAGCCAAAGCCAGUCUGCUGCACACAGCUGAGAAAUCCAAGUUUUUGCUCAGCACAGAAAACAAGAAGAGGCGCCAAAAGAGGCAUAAACGCAACAGGAAACGGAGAGCUCAGCCUAUCAGAAAUAUUGAAGUGCCCAGGAGAGGUACCGUGAAGUCCCUGUGUCGGAAAGUGGACUUGCAUAUAGACUUCAAUCAAAUUGGUUGGGGCUCCUGGAUUGUCUUCCCUAAGAGGUACAAUGCAUUCCGCUGCGAGGGAACCUGUCCUAACCCAGUUGGGGAGGAUUUAAAACCAACUAACCACGCCUACAUGCAGAGUCUACUGAAGUACUACCACCCUGAGCGAGUCCCUUCAGCCUGCUGUGCACCCACUAAGAUGAGUCCGUUGAGCAUGCUGUAUUACGAAAACGGCGAGGUGCUCCUGCGGCACCAUGAAGACAUGAUUGUGGAUGAAUGCGGCUGCCACUGA